ACAACUGCCAUAAUAUUUCAGUGCUAUGAUUUUCUACUAAACUUUCUUUGGUUAGUAUGCUUUAAUGUGGAUGAUAUGACACAUACUUAAUUUCGGUAUGACGCAAACCAUAAUUUCUAUCAUAAAGCAUGAAUGAAACAUAUACUAACUAGGACCAUGGGAAGAAAUACUGCAGCAGAACCAAGGGAAUCCGAACUUGCAAUGAGGGCAGUGUGUCUCUUCGUCCUCGUCUCAUUAGCGGUGUUCAGCAUUCAGUGCCAAAAUGUCCCGAGUGACUCUGGGGGAGAAAAUCCGACUCUGGACGAGGUGUUACAGCGCGCCGAGGGCCAGCUCCUCCGCUCCUUCCUCCAAAACCAUCAGGACAACGAGAGCGCAAACGACCUGUUUCCGGUACAGCCAGACUGGUUGGUAAAAAGGCAACACCCAGGCAAGCGGCAGCAUCCCGGUAAGCGCGACGAGCACGAUGAUGAUGAUGAAGAGGAGGAAUACGCGGAGCUUCAAAAGCGGCAGCAUCCCGGAAAGCGCUCAGACGCGUCGGAAUUGUUCGUCGCGCUCCAACGACGGCAACAUCCGGGCAGGCGCUCGGAGCUGGAAGGUCAGACCUCGGUACAAAGCGACCUGCUGAGCGAGUUUUCCAAGAGGCAGCACCCGGGGAAGCGGUACGACGCGUACGACAAGCGCCAGCAUCCCGGCAGGCGCGAUGCGGAGGAGGGCGCAGCCAGCUCGGUGGACUUGUGGGAACUGGACAAACGGCAGCAUCCUGGGAAAAGGUCCUGGGACCCUUCGGAAGUGUCCAGCGGAAGCCCGUGUGACGUGGCGGGCUGCAGUAAAGCCAGUCUGCUGCUCCAGCUGCUCAAUGAAGUGAAGGAAAGUCGCGCAAACGAGAAACGCCAGCACCCCGGCAAGCGGCUGAGCGCGCCGGAAGAGCUGGAGGAGAUGCAAUAGGCGACACGUGCACUGUGACGAGAAAUGAAACAGUUACAAGAAAGAAUAGUUCAUUCAUUUCGACACAUGGGUACAUUUCCCUUCCAUCUUUGCCCUUAAACGCGCCACAUGAGAUAUAUGCCAAAAUACCAAAUUUGGCAUACAGCAUCGUGAUUAUGUCUAACUCUAAAACUUUUAAUUAGUUAAAUAUGUCUGUCAAGUGGGAUCAUUUACAGGUUAAUUAACACCUUAAUUAAACAGUAAAACGCAGUUACGCGGAGUAACGCUUUGCGUCCAUAUUACGCACAACUAGUACUGUAUAUUGCAGCUCCUUCUUCUCCUAGAACUCGUUGAUCGCGCAUCUGAGACUUCUCUGCACUAGUUUAGCCAAAGAGCCGACGGUGUUUACGUCCUCUUUCCAGCAAAAUCGGCCACAUUCAACAUGUUACAUCUCUUAUAUACUAAUGUAAACUACGGUAAUAUCUCAUGUGGCCACGCACCGCUCAAACGGCACCACUUUCCGCUUCUCACUCACCAGUCCUUGUGUUAGUAAUGUAUACCUUAUAUAAAAUUCGAGUGAAUAUUCCUUUGCAAGACGGAGUCGUCGAAUUAUUUUUCUACACUAUAUGCCUGCAUGAGUUGGAGAGCUUGUCAAUCUGUAAAUUAUUAUUUUUUUUUGUUCCAUGGAUAUACAGCACACAUGUAAUUUGCAGUUAUUGCUGUACAAUAAAAUGCUUUCGAUGCGAACGACUGGAAGCGCGCUGAGAGCCAAAAACGAGCAGUGUGUGUGUGUGUGUGUGUGUGUGUGUGUGUGUGGUCAGGUUUCUAUUUCUUGGUGGGGAUCAAAUGUCCCCACAAGGAAAGGAAUAUCUGACCGUUUUGACCUUGUGGGGACAUCAGGCUGGUCCCUACAGAGAAAACUACCUUUUAACAAAAAACAAACAAACAAACAAAAAACUGCAAUGAUUAUUUAAAAAGCUAAAAUAACCUAAAUGUUUUAAUUUGGUUGAUGAGGUUAAGGUUGGGGUUAGAUUUAAGUGUAGCAUAGAAUUAAUAAGCCGCAGUAAUAAUCAGUGGAAGGUCCUCACAAGGAUACUAAGAAAAACAUUUAUGUGUGUCUUAAUAUUGUAAUAUUGACUUAUAUCUGUAAGAUGAAUUCCUGUCCUAACAGCCCAGAAAGCAAAUGUUUGAUGAAAUGUUUGAUGUUUUCAUCUGGCCCCCAUUUGGUUGCCUAGUGUUAAUAGUGAUAAACAACCAAACCAACUAUGAACAUAUCUCAGACAUGAUAUGGACCAAUAUUUGGCCAAAAUAUUUUUAUGGUUGGUCUUAUUUGGCCAUUGUUGGCCCAGAUUCCAAUCUUUAACAUGGUUUUAACAAUUGGGACACUUUUGGCUCACUGUACACCAUCCUUUGCAAUAACUACUUUUACUAACCCUCAAGUACCUAUAAGCUCAAACAUAUCUGGUCUGUCUGCAAUCCAAAGAGGCAACAAGGAGAGCUUGUUCCUGUUAUGAUAAUUAGUUCAAAUCAAUUCAAGUCAGUUGAUAGAUUUUGUGUUGCUUCCACAUAAUAACACCCAAUCCCAGUAAAUAGCCUGUUCAAUCUUUUGUUUUUGAUCAACGAUCACUCAUGAGUCGGCCAUUAUCCAGGAGUGGCAUAUGGUAUUGAGGGGGGAUGAUUUAGUGAGUAGAUAGGCAGCCCAACCCAAGCAGGCCCUCAGAAACAAAAAUCGUCCUGGAUGAAAUAAAUGAUCCAGUGUGGGAGGCACAGUGCAUUAACCUAUCAGGCACUAGAAAUUUCUACUACAUUCACAUUACUGUAUUAAGUUAAAUGCACUGUUAAGGAAAACAUUAGUGUUUACACCCAAAUCUGUGCCAGCAGAUUUUUCAGUAUCCCCAAUGUUUCAUCACAUGAUCACUCAGAUGCUUUUAUUCCCUCGUAUUUAGCAUCACAUUUCCACCCACUCCUUAUAGCUCUUUAUCUUUUCUGUUUUUCCAUUCCUUUUAGCUUGGAUUUAAGCAAUUGAGGCUUUGAAACGAGCGAACAGUAGCCAUACAGUGUGACUAAUGUGAGAUCUGUGCCAGCACGGCUGACGUGUAGGCGGUAACUAGCUGAGCCUUUUUUUAAAUUUUUUUUUUACUUUUGUUCUUCCUAAUAGACCAAAGAUGUUUCAUGUAGCCUAACGAGGGCUCCGUUUCACAAGAAUCUAACCAGCAUGGCUCACAAGUUUGCCUAAUCAUUCUACACAUCUGUCAGGAUUAAUACAGAUUCCAGCUCUUCCUGUGUUGCAGCUGUUUUAAAGGCACAGUGGGUUAACAAAGCUUUUUUGUGUUAAACAAGAAUCAAAUGCAGCAUCAAUUUUCAAACAUAUUAUUCAAAUCUAGCAUAAUAGUUAAGAAAUGUGACUUUAGUUUGGGUGUGGACCAAUUUUGUGCUUUAUUAGUAGAGGAAAGUGCUACAGUUUUUUAUUAUUAUUAUUAUUAUUAUUACUAAGCUCAGUUUUUAACAGUGAAAACUUUAUUUUUAGCAUUUGAAAAUACACUUAUCUAAGGUAACAGAAAAUAACUAAAAUAUAAAGAAAGUCAGUUUAAGGAGCUAAGUCAUUCUCAGAACAUCUCUCUACAAGCAGUUGGCUUAUUUCAUUCUUUAAAGACAGUCACACAAAAUAAGAGUUAAGAAUAAGAAACAACAAUAUUUCCAGCGGGGGAGCAGUUUAAUAAACUCACUUCCAAAAAGGUUCCAAUUAGACCCAA